CUCUCUCUCUCUCUCUCUUCCUGGAGGUGCUGGGAGCAGCUGCAGCAUUAGCGUUGAAAGAGAUUUGCCGUUGACUGGAGUUUGCAUCCCCCCGUUAAUGAAUGGAUGCUACGGCUAUAGGCUCAGGAGCCUCUUCUGUUGGAUUGCAGUAAACGGUGGAUAUCUAUUCUUGAAAAAAUUAUUCAUUUAUUUCUAUGCUCUCCAUUUUUUCUCCCCACCCUCUCCUGGUGUGCUGUUGUCGAAAGGACGAUGGGGUCUUGUGCUUGAUCGGUUAAAGAUGGAGGUGAACGUGUCGUCUCCGGUGCUUGGCAUACUAUUGAGGCUUCCCUGCCCAUUAGGGUAAAUGGAGCUUUUAUUUCUUUUUCUUUUUUUUAAGUGGGCUCUUUUGUUUUCCGGGGAUCGGCCGAGCACUCCUGUAGUGAAUUGAGCUAUUGUCGAAGACCGGGACUCUUAAGCUUUGAAUAUUUGACCAUCAUUCCAUCCCCUCCCUUCCUUCCCAUGUUACUUUCUACUCAAAAGAAACAAGCGGAUCCCAAAAUCUCCACUGAAAUCUCUCCUCACCUUCCUCCUGGCUUCCAAUGCCCCAUUUCCCUCAUCUCUACCCCUGCCCCCCCACUUCUCUCCUACUCCCUCCUCCCACAUCAGAGCGGCUACGUAAUGUGCCUCCCUACGCAUGCAAAUGGGGAUGCUACAAAUGGUGGCUGGGACUGAUGCCGAUGAAAGGGUGAUGCCUCGCGCAAUCACCUGCGCCUCCGCCGCGAUCGCUCCAGAUCAGCCUGGGAGAGCCCAGCAGCCGAUGACAACCACCCACAGUGCGAACACAGUCGUUUGUAGCUUGCUCGUGGAUGUAAAUGAGACGUGUGUAUGUGUGUGAAGGUGCACAUUGGUUCCUGCCAUGUCUGGUGUGUGAUCGCUCUAGCGGGACGUUCUUACUGAUGCGGGGGAGGCACUGAGCCUGAGGUUGGUCGACCUCCCCCUGCACACCCCCCCUUCCCCACCUCCCUCCUUCCCCCCUCUCCCUCCACCUUAUCCCACAAGCCCCCGGGAGGUGAAAGCCACCUGGUAAAAGAGUCACGAUGAAGAAGAACCGCAGCAGCAAUCUGCGGCGGGCCUGGCCCAACUCGGAGCUUACCGAGCGCCCACUGGAGCACAAUCUCUCCCGUAGUGAGAAAGAGAUCCGUGUGCAGAAGCAGCAGCAUCUUCCUCCCCCUCCUGCUCCUCAUUUUUCUCCUUCCCCACCAAGUUAUCGUGCGCCAGGUGACGUGUCUCCGAUCAGUAUGUCACCUAUCAGCCAGUCACAGUUUAUCCCGCUGGGGGAAAUCUUGUGCCUGGCCAUCUCUGCUAUGAACUCUGCCCACAAGCCUGUCAACCAGGAGGCUCUGGUGGAGCACCUCACUGCCAGCUUCCCAGGCGUGCCUACACCCAGCUCAGAGGUUCUGCGACAUACCCUGAACAUGCUGGUGCGAGAAAGGAAGAUCUACCCAACUCCAGAGGGCUACUUCAUUGUCACCCCCCAGACCUACUUUAUCACUCCUUCCCUCAUCAGAACCAACAACAAGUGGUAUCACCUGGAUGAUCGGCUGCAAGAGCGCCAACCGCAACAGUCACAGCAGCAACAACAACAACAGCAGCAACCUCAGCAAUGUACUUCGCCUCAGUCUGGCAACGUAACACCAUCUACACCUGGCUGCCUGAGAGAGAGGCCUCCUCGAAAGAAUCACAAUGACGCAUACAACUCCUAUCGCGAAGACUCGUCCAGACUUCACAGUAGUAAGUCACCAAAGGAGCAUAGGGGAGAUUCUCAUCAAAGUAAGCCCCCCAAGGAUCACAAUGGCGGAGAACCUGUACCAAGCAGUUCAGCCAAGGUGCCCCGAGGAGAACCGCCGUCAUACCCUUAUCCCCCUAAUCCCACUUCCCCUCCUGUCCAGCAACCGCCGCCUCAAGAGCCCCCUGCUGAUAAGAGCAAAAGCACCACUUCUUUCCCUUAUAAAAGUGACACUCUGACCAAAAAGAAAGAAGGAAGUAGUGGUGAGAAACAAUCCAAAAGGUUUGGUCUCAGGCUCUUCAGGCUGAGUUUCAAGAAGGACAAAAUGAGGCAUCUGGCCACCUUCUCAGCCCAGUUCCCCCCAGAGGAGUGGCCUCUUCGCGACGAGGAAGUGCCAACCACGCCCAUUCCCCGCGAGGUAGAGAUGGAAAUAAUCCGUCGAAUCAACCCUGACCUAACAGUGGAGAAUGUGGCAAGGCACACGGCUGUGAUGAAGAGGCUGGAGGAGGAGCGUACGCAGAAGAACAAGGCGGCGUCUUCAGCCCAGCACAGUGCACGCAGCAGGAGGGGGAGGGGCCACAGGAGGGCCCCACAUGGUAAGUCCCGCUCACAUAGCAAGCCCCGAACCUCCAGGGGAGACCCAUCUGAGGGUUCAAACUGGGACCUUUUGUUCAUGGAAAGGGAUUACCGCUUCUUUAGCCACUCGUUAGUUCGCUCACCUCGGGAGGCCAUGUACACCGUGGAACGCAGGCGAAGUGGAGGCGCAACAUAUCUGGUCCAUAGCAACCCCAACAUUACUGAAUCGUACUGCCCUGUUACCCCUGAGUGGGACGUGUCUGGGGAGCUAGCGAAGAGACGGACGGAGAUGCCUUUCCCAGAGCCGUCUCGCGGCACGUGCCAGUCCAGAGUGCAAAGAAGUCACAGUCACAAUCAGGACAGGAAGUCGCGUCACGAGCGGUCAGAUCAAGCUAAGGAACGCUCUCGGUCCAUGGACAACUCCCUCAAGGGCCCAUCACUGGGGGCGCCAGAAGACUUUGAACCCACUCUUGAGGAGCGUAGUCAUUACUACACUGAUGACGGCACCCUGCGCGCCACGCAGAAGUCCUCCCACUACUCAAGGAUCAUGUUCUCUGCUGCUAAGUUCCACUCCGAUUUUAAUGUGCCUGAUUUGGGGAAAGGGAGUUUGGACGAGUCAAGGAUCCGGAAUACAAUGGAGAGGAACAAAAGCAGAGACAGCUUGCCAUCGUACAAUGAGCUAAUGGGACUUUCUCCUAAGCCCUCGACAGAUGAGUACUUCCAGUGCAAUACGUCAAAUGAAACAAUCCUAACUGCCCCUUCGCCUCAGGCAAAAUCAGAAUAUGACACAUUAACCUCAUCAGGGGGACUCCGAAAGGGCUCCCCAGCUGACCGCCAAACGCCUCACCUCACCUCUCCUCACACAAUGGAGUACAAAGAGGACUUGUCGGCAGCAAAGGGACAGAACGGCUCAGUGCGACUGACGCCAAGCCAGACGCCUGAGCCAGUGCAAAAUGCCCGUUUGACGCCACACCAACACAAUGUAGAUCCCGGAGGGGGAGGAGGCGGUAUGGUAAGCAAGAGGAAAGAGAUCUUCAGCAAGGACACUUUGUUCAAACCUCCACACAAUGCCUUGUCCACAGGCUACGUGGACAGCAGCUACACAAAGUCCGGCACAUUGCGGAAAGCCUCACAUGCCAAAUCAACAGAGGCCCUAGACAAUCCUGAGCCCCAGCAGCCUUCCAAUUCAGCCACUUCCUCAGCGUCACCGGCCGUUUUACAGGUCUGCUUAGAGCCAACAGUCCCCUCCGCCUCUUUUGACUAUUAUAAUGUAUCAGAUGAUGAGGAAGAGGCAGAGGAGGACUCGCACAAAGAGUUGGCAACGGCAAAGGACAACAAAGAACACGGGGAAGUGGGUGGUAACGGUGGAGGCAGUGGUGGUGGUGGGGAGGGAACCAUGAAGUGGCUAUUGGAGCGGGAGAAGGAUCAUGAUCUGCAGCGGAAACUGGAGACCAAUCUGACCUUACUUAGCCCAAAGGAGACUGAGAACAGCAGCAGCCAGAAGUCGGCCCACUCUGCCCGUUUGGACAGCAUGGACAGCAGCAGUGUCACGGUGGACAGUGGAUUCAACUCCCCCAGGACGCGUGAAAGCCUUGCAUCCAACACAUCCAGCAUAGUGGAAAGCAAUAGACGGCAGAAUCCAGCGCUGAGCCCCGGCCACAUCGGCACCAGUAGUAUCGGACUGCCAUUCAGCUUUCGCGCCAUCCCAGAACCCCCCAACACACAGCCUGAGAAACUCCAGAAGUCAUCGAACUGCCUGGCCUCCAUCACCAGCGUCUGACAGCAUCACAGAAUGAGACCAUGAAAGGUGGUGGAGGAGAGAGGAAGUGAGGUGUUUCACCAUUUUCCUCAACCAAUACACACACACACACACACACACACACAGACACACACAUCUUCAGACUCCUGAGAAUCCAUUUACUGGGACUGUUACAAAAACAGGCAUGGCUUCAAGAGACUGUUCCCACAGCUUCAAGAACUUUACUGCAAAAAAGAGAAGAAAAACUACAGAAUAUCAAGACCACUGUAGGCAAAAAAACCUACCUGAAGUACUACGUGAUUUUUGGUGACAUGGAUUCUAGUUGGGCUUAUAUCAAGAUUCUUGACUAUUGGUAUUGGAAAGUAGUAGACUAUAGGAUUCAAGUUACAUUUGGAAAAAUCUAAAAACUUUUUUAUAUUACUCAACAUGUCCAAUUAAAUGUUCUCCUUCCUGAAAUAGCGUCAAGUUCUUCAGGACAAUUUAAUGUAUCAGCACAAUGUCGAGACAAUAAAAGUUGAUCCUGAGAACAACGAAUGAAAGAUAUAAAAACAUAAAUCAGCUCAGAUUUGUGUACCACAAUGCAAAUGAUGUAUGUAUACUCAAUACUUUUGAUAUCCUAAUUAUUAUAAUGGUGGUAUUAAAGAUGCUAUGUGACCAAAAA